AUAAUACAACAAUAAUAAUAGCAGGAGAGAGAGAAUAGAAGAAAAAUAAAAGAAUAAAAAAGCUCGGAAAUGGCAGAGAACAAGAGAUUGGUGCCGGAAAAGUAUGAUAUUAACGCAAAAUGGGACGCUUGCCUCGAUCUCGCUGUCCGCCGCUUCGUUUAUUCAUCAUUCGCCGGUGCUGUUAGUGGCCUCCUAUUAUUCAAGAGUCCAGUGACUCGAUGGGCAUCAGUAGCUUUUGGUGCUGGGAUUGGAAUUGGAUCUGCAUACACAGAUUGUUCUCGUAGUUUUUAUGGAUACGAUGCUCAUGUUUCCCAGGAUGGGAAGCAGUGAGUCGGUGUUGUUGAAGUUCCUCCAAGUUUAUAGGUUCGAAUUCAGAGUUUUUCAUAAGCUGAUAUUGUUUGUCAUUACACAGCAAUGUCUUUUGAAUUUUAGUACAAACAUUGUUGUUGUUGGGUCGGCAAUUAACAUGAUGCACAUGACUCCAGUUGUCUUUUGCUCUGUAAUUCUAUCAUGAGUAAAACCAAAAAUUUGGAGAAUGAAAAUAAUUCCUUCAAUUGCAGGCUUGAA